GAAACCAUUGUGUUUGCUAUCAUUUAGAUAUACCUAAAGAAAUUCAUCUGUUUAAAUUAACUCUUCUUCGAUCGCAGUUGCAGUGCGCACACGAGACAAGAAAUGGGACAACUCAUUUUGUUUUUCUCUGUUCUGAUCUCAGUGAGCCUGGCGGGGAAGCCAUGCCUCCCGCGGCACACGGGCGGAGAGACCGUCGUCUGCGUGUGCAACGCCACGUACUGCGACUUCCUGGACGCCAUCUCGGACCAGCAGGUGUCCGGCACGGCCUUCCUGCUCUUCGAGACCUCUGAGGCCGGGCUCAGACUGCACCGCACCCAGGGGAAGCGCUCCGCAGGCAGUAGAGCAACUGCAACAACCACGCUCACUGUCGACCGCGCCCAGACGUUCCAGGAGAUGCUGGGUUUUGGAGCCGCACUCACAGACUCAGCCGCACUGAACAUCAUGAAGCUGAACCAGGUCACUAGGCACAAUCUCCUCAGGACCUAUUUCGGAGAAGGCGGAUCUAACUACUUGUACUUGAGAGUUCCGAUGGCGUCUUGUGACUUCUCCGAGACAUACUAUUCCUACGACGAUGUGAAAGGCGAUGUGGAACUCAAACAUUUUAGUCUCACAAAAAAUGAUGUCUAUUAUAAGGUGCCCAUCGUGAAGGAGGCGUCUCAGCUCCGCGGCCAGGAGAUCAAGCUGUUCGCGUCGCCCUGGUCGGCGCCAUAUUGGAUGAAGAUCAACGGCACUACCAAGGGCAUCAGCCGCCUCAACGAGUCCUACUAUCAGGUCUGGGCCAACUACUUCGUCAAGUUCUUCGAGGCGUACAAGCUGCACGGCGUGACGUUCUGGGGGGUGAACCCUCAGAACGAGCCCAGCCAGGGCCAGAGGACACCGUCCUCCAUCCCCAGCAUGGGCUGGACCGAGGACCAGAUGAAGAAGUUCGUGGGGCAGAACCUGGGCCCGACGCUCCAUCGCUCGGGCUUCGGCGGGCUCAAGCUCAUGAACCUCGAUGACAACCGCAGCAACCUGCCUGGCUUCGCUGACGCGGUGCUAGCGGACGCAGAAGCUAAGAAGUACUCUUCGGGGAUAUCUGUCCAUUGGUACACGGACAGCUGGAAUUCGGUAAACGCUCUCAGGAAAACCCACAGCGAUCACCCUGAUCAAUUUCUUUUCUACACCGAGGCCUGCGUCAUAACUACACUGACGCCAGCCGUUAUGGGAUCAUGGGUGGCGAUUGGAGAACGUUAUAUGAACAGCAUGUUUCAGGCGCUCAACAACUGGGUGGUGGGCUGGACGGACUGGAACAUGGCGCUGAACGAGCAGGGCGGACCCAAGAACGUCGGCGACCACAUGACCUACUACGGCUACCCCGCCUCCGUGCUGGUGAACGCAUCGGCCCAAGAGUUCUACAAGCUGUCGUCCUACUACGUGCAGGCGCACUUCUCCUCCUUCAUACCGCCCGGGUCCAAGCGAGUGCAGCUGGACCUCAGCGGGGACAACACGCUGUUGAACGUGGCCUUCCUCACUCCUCAAGGGCGCAUCGUGGUGGUCCUGGCCAAUCAAAGCGACCAACAGAAGACCGUCGUCAUCUCAGAGAAGGCGAAAGCCCAUAUUUCAGUCACUGUCCAGAAAAGAAGCAUCAACACUAUCAUCUACAAAUGACCAUUAUGUGUUCAUUGAGCAACUCUGUUAACUAUAGACAGUUGUACAGUAAGAUAAACUGAAUAAAAUUCAAAUAAA